UCACAGAGGUCUUUCAUUUCGUGAGAAGGCCAGUGCUCGGUUAGUUAGUUACCCAUCUUGAGCAGAAGGAGUCAAGAGUUGCCAAAAAUGUCGGGCUAUUCGAAGGUGAUACAUCAUGCCACGAGUAUAUUGUGCAGCCACAAAGGUUCGAUGGACCUGUCGCAGCUGCACAGGAAAGUGUUUCAGCGCUUUGACAUUACCGACGAAGAUUUCUGGUAUAUUGUUAAGAAAUGUCCAAGGUUCGCCGUGGUGCGAAACAGACAGAAGUCGGACAACAGGGAAUCCGACUACAUUAUAGUCGCGAAAACGUCUCUGCGCUUGUGUAGGAGUUACGCGAAGCAGGAAUGCUACGGCUGCCAGGACCUGCAUUUGUGCAAAUACUUCGUGUACGGGAACUGCCGAUAUGGCAAAGGAAGGAAGGAGUGCAAGUUCUCUCAUAAUAUUCAGUCUGAGCAUAAUUAUCCCCUGCUCAGGGAGUGUACUCUUCACGAGCUCCAUGAGGAAGAGCUCUUCCUCCUCUUGCUCCAGAGUGACUCCACCCUGCUGCCAGAGGUGUGCUCCCACUACAACAAGGGCUCAGGCCUGUUUGGGGCCUGCACGUUCCGCGAGCACUGCACCAAGGUGCACAUGUGCCAGCACUUUGUGCAGGACGACUGCAUCUUCGGCAGCAAGUGCAAGCGGCUGCACGGCAUCGACGGGUACAGCCGCCGCAUGCUGGAGGAGCGUGGCCUGAGCGGAGACAUCGUCCACGACCUGCCCUACCUCUACCAGAACGUCCACCGGCUGAGCACGCAGGCGCCAGACCUGCCCAGGGAGAGGAUUCCUGAGCCAGUGAGUAGACCUCUUAUACAGACAGAGGACAGGAGUGAAAUCUGCCUGCACUUCCUCAGGAGGAACUGCAGGUUUCAAGAGCAAUGUAAACUGGUGCAUUUCAAUCUGCCGUAUAAAUGGGAGGUGCACGAGGGCUGUGGGUGGAGAGAGUUGCGUGGCAUGGAGGAGAUUGAGCGAGCAUACUGCGACCCCAAGAACAUACUCAGUCCGGGCUCCAGGCCCGUGGACUUCCUGUCGAUGACACGGGCAUGUGAUCCGGUGCGGCGCUUGUCCACGGCUUCCUCAGUCACCAAGCCCUCUCACUACAUCCUCACCACUCAGUGGAUCUGGUACUACAAGGGAGACCACGAGAACUGGAUCGAGUACGGCAAGCCAGAUGAUAAGCAACGUGUGACCUCUAUAACGUCCCGGGAUCUGGAGCGAGCUUUCCUGGAAGACUGCACGGCAGAGGUCACGGUCAUAAAAGGCAAUCGUCAUUACUAUGUCAGCUUCCAGGACAUGUACCAGAGAAACCCCAAGCACAACACAAAGAGGAGAGUGCGCAGGAGACCACGCUUCGUCUGCAUUAACGAGGUGGAGAGCAAAGUAGCACAAUAAAACGCUCGUGUGUGCACGCACGCACGCAUACACAUACUGACAGAGGUCAGUGGGAAGUCCACACACACACUUGCAGCACUCAGUGACUAAUUGUGAUAUAUCAUGUAUUACAAGUAAAGACAUUAAUCGUGAACUAUACAGGAAGUUGUAAUAAAAUGUAACCCAUCCUGCCACCCAGAAGGCUGUUGUCAUUUUUUCAGUUUGGGGAUUCACUGAUGAUGAAGCCUGGGAUGUUAAGCCUUCAGCAACCUUAAUAUUCGUGCCAGAAAAGAAAUAACCAGAGCUUGAUGCUAAAUGUACAGAACAAGCUGAUUAGCGAUGCAAAGUUUAGUUGUACUGCUUGGACAUGGACCCGAGUGUAUAUAGUGAAACCCUUAGUGGCAAUCAUCUGUCUAACCUUUGGAAAAAAAAUAAAGGGCAAAAUUUUAAUUUGAGAAUUUGUUUUUUAAACCAUAAAAUAAGGUUUGAUGCUUCUUAGUAUUUUAUCUUCAUCUGUACAUUAUAGUGUAUUCAGUUUAUUGCUACUUUGUGAAGUACUUUGCAAACAUUGUUUUAAAAAAGUGCUAUAUAAAUAAAGAUUAUUGCUUCGAUGUUAAGCAAACACAGAAUUAGAUAUAGUACUGUUGCUUAUAUUGUUUGUACUGUGUAUUUUCUAAUCCCAUAUAUUUUAUCAAUAAAAUUGUUUUGCUGUCCUUUUA